GAGCUCUCUCUCUCCCACUCUGUCUCUCUGCCACCCCCUCCUAAUUCGUUCCCUCCAUCCUCCGCCACACGACAGCUUAGCACAGCACCCUCCUCAGCAGCAUCCACCCUAACUGGGUAGCAGUAGUCAUCCCCAGCGCAGGCAGUGAUACACUGAGGGACGUAUCCAAGUGAUGCCACUGCACCAACCAAAUCUCGCAACCGCGAAAACACACCGAGAAUAAACAGUCACUUCCGCAAGGAGGACUAAAAACGAGUUUGCCUCAAGAGCGCAACUGCCCAUGAAGAUGUCUAACGUUGACAUGGUCUUAAACGCCACGGAUCGGGUAGUAAAAACCGUGCCCUUCCCCCUGAGUCAUCGCCUCACGUUGAAGGAGGUCUUUGACAGUGAGGGGAAGCCCAGGGUGGACCUGCUCAAAGCCCACCUCACCAAGGAGGGCCGCGUGGAGGAGGCCGUGGCUCUGCGCAUCGUCAACGAGGGCGCCGCCAUCUUGCGCCAGGAGAAAACCAUGCUGGACAUAGAAGCACCAGUCACAGUGUGUGGGGACAUCCAUGGGCAGUUCUUUGACCUUAUGAAGCUGUUUGAGGUGGGUGGCUCGCCGGCCACGACGCGUUACCUCUUCCUGGGAGACUAUGUGGACCGGGGAUACUUCAGUAUCGAGUGUGUUUUGUACCUUUGGUCGCUGAAAAUCCUCUACCCAAAGACGCUAUAUUUACUGCGAGGAAACCAUGAAUGUAGACAUUUGACAGAAUACUUCACCUUCAAACAAGAAUGUAAAAUCAAGUACUCGGAGCAGGUGUAUGACUCAUGCAUGGACGCUUUUGACUGCCUUCCCCUGGCUGCCCUCAUGAACCAGCAGUUUCUGUGUGUCCAUGGAGGACUCUCACCAGAAAUACACAACUUAGAUGACAUAAAGAAGAUAGACCGGUUCAAGGAGCCUCCAGCGUUUGGGCCCAUGUGUGACCUACUGUGGUCUGACCCUCUGGAGGACUUUGGCAACGAGAAAACCCAGGAGUACUUCAGCCACAACACAGUCCGAGGCUGCUCCUACUUCUACAGUUAUCCAGCUGUAUGUGAGUUCCUACAGAACAAUAACUUAUUAUCAGUCAUCCGAGCACAUGAAGCACAAGAUGCUGGCUACCGGAUGUACCGGAAGAGCCAAACCACCGGCUUCCCCUCCCUAAUCACCAUCUUCUCAGCACCAAACUACCUUGAUGUUUACAACAACAAAGCUGCAGUCCUGAAGUAUGAGAACAACGUGAUGAACAUCCGGCAGUUCAACUGCUCCCCUCAUCCCUACUGGCUGCCCAACUUCAUGGACGUGUUCACCUGGUCCCUGCCCUUUGUGGGGGAGAAAGUCACAGAGAUGCUGGUGAACGUGUUGAGCAUCUGCUCUGACGACGAGCUCAUGAAUGACGGAGACGACCAAGAGAUCCUUGAUGCCAACGCAGCUGCAGCUCGGAAGGAGGUCAUCAGGAACAAGAUCCGCGCCAUCGGGAAAAUGGCCACAAUGUUCAAAGUGCUUCGGGAGGAGAGUGAGAACGUGUUGACGUUGAAGGGCCUGACGCCUACUGGCAUGCUGCCCAGUGGGGUGCUCUCUGGGGGAAAACAGACCCUGCAGAGUGCCACCACCGAGGCCAUCGAAGCCAUCGACACAGAAACUGAGGACGGAGAAGCCAUCCGUGGGUUCUCUCCCCAGCAUAAGAUCGCCAGCUUCGAAGAAGCUAAGGGGCUAGACCGUAUCAACGAGCGCAUGCCACCCCGCAGAGUCGGGGUCAACCACGUGGGACAGUCCAUGGGCAAGAUGAACAUGUCCGAGGCCAACGGCACGGAAGACAAUGACAAUGACAACAGCAACGUCCAGUGAUGCUGAGGCCCACCCCAGAGCUCAUGCUACUGCUGCGCUGUGCGACAAGACAUCGCCAAAUCGUGAUAUCAGACCUCCGAAUAAAGAUACAACAAAACACAGACACAACACAUCUGCAUCUACCGCUGCUGCUCCUACAUCCAAUUAGAGAAACAAAUCAAAUGUUAAGUCUCUUGUACAAAUGGGUAAGGUGGUAUAUUUUUUGACGCCAGGUCACCACAUGGGGGGAACUGAGCUCAGAAGGGGAGGUUUUCCCGCUCUUUGGUCUGUGGAUUGGGAGGGGGUAGUGGGGUCAGAGAUUAGGGAAGGGACAUGGAGGAGGCGGGCGGGGCGGGAUGGAACUUGUUGGGAUGAGGUCAAGGGGGUGUGGUCCUGUGGGUGUGUCUGCUGGUCCCUUUCUCAGUCCAAUCACAGACCGAGUAGGCAGGGUUUAGAGUCCCGAACUCUCUCCCAUGUCCGCUACAUCCUCAAAGGGUCUGAUACGAGACCCAUGCCACACACACAUUUUACUAUUUUUGAUUAAGUUUCACUCAUGAACUCAUCUCAAACAGAAAUAAUCUCGCUACUCAACAUGUUUUGCUACUAGUAGUAAUAAAAACAAAUCCAAAAAGAGAAAAUGUUAUUUGUAAGAAAGGGCAUUUGAGAAGAAAAAAUAUGUACAUUUUACUACUUGCAAUGCAAUCUUACCGGAGAACUUUUAUUUCUUGAUUUAUUUUGUGGUAAGACGCCAUGAGCCUGCAGAGGGUAGGGGUGGAACGUGGGCUUGACUGUUGGCCUCUCCACCAACCAAAGCCACAGUCUGUCAUGUUUAGGGGCUGCAGUUCCAGCUACCUUCCACCUACCUUCUACCUGAUUGUUUUUCACUUGCCUGUAACUAAAGAGAGAGAAUGCACACGGUAUAUCAAAUCUGCUGUCGCAGUAAAAAAAAAAAAAAAUCUUAUAUCUAUAUAUAUAUAUAUAAUUAAUUAUAAAGAUGGUCAAUAA